AUGGAUGAUCUUACAAAAUCUGUUAGCAAUGAGGCGGUUGGAUCAUUAAAUGCAUGCUUCCUUGCAAAGAGGAAUUUCCAAGUUGAUGUAUAUGAAGCUAGGGAAGAUCUCCGAGUGGCUAAAUUUGCACGUGGAAGAAGCAUUAACUUGGCCCUUUCUUAUAGAGGACGGCAAGCCUUGCACGCCAUUGGCCUGGAAGAUCAGAUUGUAGCCCAAGGUAUUCCCAUGAGAGCAAGAAUGAUUCACUCUCUUUCAGGAAAAAAGUCUGCAGUUCCCUAUGGGACCAAGUCACAGUAUAUUCUUUCUAUAAGCAGAGAAAAUCUAAACAAGGAGCUGUUGACUGCUGUUGAGAAAUACCCCAAUGCAAAGGUGCACUUUGGCCACCGGCUGUUGAAAUGUAAUCCUGAGGAAGGAGGGAUCACAGUGCUUGGAUCUGACAAAGUUCCCAAAGAUGCCACUUAUGACCUCAUUGUAGGAUGUGAUGGAGCCUACUCAACUGUCAGAACUCACCUCAUGAAGAAACCACGCUUUGAUUACAGCCAGCAGUACAUUCCUCAUGGGUACAUGGAGCUGACGAUUCCACCCAAGAAUGGGAAUUAUGCCAUGGAACCUAAUUAUCUGCAUAUUUGGCCUAGAAAUACCUUUAUGAUGAUUGCACUUCCUAACAUGGACAAAUCUUUCACAUGUACUUUGUUCAUGCCCUUUGAAGAGUUUGAAAAACUUCUAAGCAGCAGUGAGGUGCUGAAUUUCUUCCAGAAGUACUUUCCAGAUUCCAUCCCUCUAAUUGGAGAGCAAGCCCUAGUACAAGAUUUCUUUCUGUUGCCGGCCCAACCCAUGAUAUCCGUGAAGUGUUCUUCUUUUCACAUUAAAUCACACUGUGUGCUGAUGGGGGAUGCGGCUCAUGCCAUAGUGCCCUUUUUUGGACAAGGAAUGAAUGCAGGCUUUGAAGACUGCCUGGUAUUUGAUGAGUUAAUGGAUAAAUUCAAUAAUGACCUUAGUGUGUGUCUUCCUGAAUAUUCAAGAUUGAGAAUUCCAGACGACCAUGCAAUCUCAGACCUGUCCAUGUACAAUUACAUAGAGAUGCGAGCACAUGUCAACUCGAGGUGGUUCAUCUUCCAAAAAACCAUGGAGAGAUUUCUUCAUGCUAUUAUGCCGUCUACCUUUAUCCCUCUCUAUACCAUGGUUGCCUUCUCCAGAAUAAGAUACCAUGAGGCAGUGCUGCGCUGGCAUUGGCAGAAAAAGGUGAUAAAUAAAGGACUCUUUUUCUUUGGAACACUGAUAGCCAUCGGUAGCACCUACCUACUUAUGUGCUCCAUGUCACUGAGACCUCUGCACUAUGUCAGAAGACCAUGGGACUGGCUCACUUACUUCCAGAACAGGACCUGUUUUCCUGCAAACUCCAUGGAGUCACUAAAAGAAAUUCCCAAUGUCAUUAGCAGGUGA